ACUAUAUGUUAGCACAGUUCUGCUUGUGCACUCGUGUACUUAUAUUCAAGAUGUUUUGUAAUCUUAAAUUUUACUCGUUUUUUAAGCUAUACAUUUUUUUAUUUAAAAGAAGAUUCGCUGUCACGAUGGCCAAUCUUGAACAGUGGGUUAGUGACCAGCUUCAUGACAUCCUUGGUUUGAGUGACCGGUAUGUCGCCCAGUUUAUGAUCGGGCUGGUGAAGAAGUCCUCUGGACCUCAGGACUUCGUGACUCGGCUUCAGCAAACUGGAACCAUUGACAUUGAUCAAAGAAUCACAGCGUUUGCACAUGAGCUGUACAACAAGGCUCCCAAAAAACAUGUGGUGGAGAACCCCUCGCGAGCCAUAGAACGACACGUCAUGGAAAUGGAGAGAAAGAACAAAACCUACACGCUUCUGGAUGACAGUGAUAGUGAUGGAGAGACCACUCUCAGAGAACAAGGAAAAGAGAAGAAAAGCAAAGACCGAGACAAAGGAAAAAAGAGGAAAAAUAUCAGACAGAAACAAGAGGAAAGUCCAUCGUCCGACGAGGAGGACACAAAGAAGAGUUCUAAGGAUGUUGAUGAGCCGAAAAAAGUUGCUAAAGAAGAGGAGGAGGAAUGGGAACGAGAGGAAAGAGAGAGAAUCCAGGACCUGGAGGAGAGGGACGCCUUUGCUGAGCGAGUCAAACUGAAAGACAAAGACAAGACCAGACACAUACUUGAAAGAAAUGACAAAAAGGCGUAUGAGGAAGCUCAGAAAAGACUAAAGUUGGAUGAAGAAGAUCGAAGAAAGAUGCUUCCAGAAUUAAGGAAACAGUCACGUCGGCAGUACCUGACCAAAAGAGAACAGGAGAAGCUUGAAGACCUGGAAGAAGAGAUUAAGGAUGAGGAAUAUCUCUUUUCCACGGAGAACCUCACCGAAGCCGAGAAGAAAGAUCUGGAUUAUAAAAGGAAGAUCCGGGACCUGGCCCGAGAUUAUAAGAAAGCAGGAGUGAAAGAGAAAGAGGAAAGAAAAAAUCGAUACUACAUGCCUGAAGAAAAACGAAGCAAGACUAUUCCACAAAAAGACAUGGACCUGGAGUUUGAGGAGACACCCAGAGAGGGAGGCGGGGAACAAGGCCGGUGGGAGGAGGCGAGAGUGGCCACUGCCACCCUGCAAUUCGGGGCCAGAGAAGAGAGGGAACGCCGAAUAAAGGAGGAAAAAGAAAAGUACCAGCUCAUUCUAGAGGAGGAGGAGAUGAUCAACUUUGUCAGCGCUGCUAUUACCAUGAAGGGAACGUUAUCAGAAAAGGAAAGUGAACCUGAGUUAUCACAAGCUGAAAAACAGCAGCUAUCCAUUCAGGAGGUCAGGCGCAGUCUGCCCAUCUUUCCUUACAGAGAAGAUCUUCUCGCUGCCAUCAGGGACCACCAGAUCUUGGUGAUAGAGGGCGAGACCGGAUCCGGCAAGACCACCCAGAUACCUCAGUAUCUUUUGGAAGACGGUUACUCUGAAGGAGGAAUGAAGAUCGGUUGCACUCAGCCUCGACGAGUGGCGGCCAUGUCCGUAGCAGCCAGAGUUGCACAGGAAAUGGCUGUCAAACUGGGAAAUGAGGUGGGCUACAGCAUCCGUUUUGAGGACUGUACGUCAGAACGCACCAUCCUAAAAUACAUGACAGAUGGCAUGUUGCUCAGAGAGUUUCUAACAGAGCCUGAUCUUGCCAGUUACAGUGUGGUCAUCAUCGAUGAAGCUCACGAGCGAACGUUGCACACAGACAUCCUCUUCGGUCUGAUCAAAGAUAUUGCCCGCUUCCGUCCCAACCUGAAAGUCCUGGUAGCCAGCGCAACCCUGGACACCGAACGUUUUUCCUGCUUUUUUGAUGACGCACCUGUAUUCAGGAUUCCAGGACGUAGAUUUCCCGUGGACAUCUUCUACACAAAGGCUCCAGAAGCGGAUUACCUGGAAGCGUGUGUCGUGUCUGUACUGCAGAUCCAUGUCACCCAACCGCCUGGAGAUGUGUUGGUGUUCCUCACAGGGCAGGAGGAGAUUGAGGCGUGCUGUGAGCUUUUACAGGAGAGAUGUAGGAGAUUGGGUUCGAAGAUAUCUGAGCUUCUUGUUCUGCCCAUCUAUGCCAACCUCCCCUCCGACAUGCAGGCCAAGAUCUUCAAUCCCACCCCGCCUGGAGCACGCAAAGUUGUGGUGGCCACAAAUAUCGCAGAGACUUCCCUCACCAUUGAUGGUAUUAUUUAUGUGAUUGAUCCAGGCUUCUGCAAACAGAAAAGUUACAACGCUCGAACCGGGAUGGAGUCUCUUAUUGUGACUCCUUGUUCCAAAGCCUCUGCCAAUCAGAGAGCAGGUCGUGCAGGAAGAGUGGCUGCUGGGAAGUGUUUUCGACUGUACACAGCGUGGGCUUUUAAACACGAGAUGGAGGAGACCACGGUCCCAGAGAUCCAAAGGACAAAUCUGGGCAAUGUGGUUUUGUUGCUCAAGAGUCUUGGCAUAAAUGACCUUAUUCACUUUGAUUUCAUGGAUCCUCCUCCUCAUGAGACUCUGGUCUUGGCUCUGGAGCAGCUUUACGCUUUGGGGGCCCUCAACCAUCUUGGCGAGCUCACUAAGCUUGGCCGAAGAAUGGCUGAACUUCCUGCAGACCCUAUGCUGAGUAAAAUGAUUCUUGCCUCUGAACAGUAUAAAUGUUCUGAGGAGGUGCUGACUAUCGCGGCCAUGCUGUCCGUCAACAACUCCAUCUUCUACCGCCCCAAAGACAAAGUGGUUCAUGCUGACAACGCCCGGAUGAACUUUGUGGUACCGGGAGGGGAUCACAUGGUGCUGCUCAAUGUAUACACUCAGUGGGUGGAGAGCGGUUACUCAACUCAGUGGUGCUUCGAGAACUUCAUUCAGUUUCGCUCGAUGAAAAGAGCUCGGGACGUCCGUGAACAGAUGGAGGGAUUGAUGGACAGGAUUGAGGUGGAACUGUGCAGCGCCAACGGCGACAGCAUGCCAAUCCGCAAGGCAGUGACGGCUGGAUAUUUUUACCACACGGCCCGUUUAAGUAAAGGGGGUUACAAAACAGUCAAGCAUCAGCAGACGGUGUACGUCCAUCCCAACAGCUCGCUGUUUGAGGAGCAGCCACGCUGGUUGAUCUACCAUGAGCUGGUCUUCACCACUAAAGAGUUCAUGAGACAGGUGAUAGAAAUCGACAGCGGCUGGUUGCUCGAAGUGGCUCCUCAUUAUUAUAAGAAUAAAGAAUUGGAGGACAGCAGCACUAAGAAGAUGCCACGCAAGCAAGGUAAAGCCCGUGAAGAACUGGGCUGACCCCGAGAUGGCAAAACUUGAGAGACUUUACCUCGCGCUAUCAGGUCGAGGUCACCGAUUCGAUACGGAGACGGACCAGACCACCAGUAUGAGAUACACUGUCAGUGUUGGUAGACACAAGUCGCAUGUUUUGAAAUAUGACAGCGUUUUGUUUGGAAAUUUGUUGAUUUUCAUGUAAAUAAUUUUUACAGUUUAUCUGUUCUUUUCAUUUUUCGCCAAUGGUUUUUAUGUGGGUCGAAGGAGGAAAUAUAUUUUUGAAUACAAGCAGA